AUGUCGCACAUUGUCUUGGUCAAACUGCUUCUUUCAUCAUCUUCUGCCUCUCAAUUGAUCAAGGCAAAGGAUAGAGAUGGUUUCACGCCUUUAGACCUGCUCAGCAGUGACGGUCUUGCACAUUUCAGAUGGCUUCCUGAGAGUAUCGGUCGUGUUCAUAGGUAUAGAAAGCCUAAUAAACAUGAAUUGGCAGCAUUGCAGGCUUCUCCAGUAAAAGAACUCAACCUUGAGGCUAGAUUUAUCUCCAGAGACACUUCCUCACUGCCCUUGAAUACACAUAGACCCUUACUUUCUUUUCUUCCUUCCCGUGGUGGUUCCGAUAUUCUUUUCUCCAGCUUAUCUGAUUCGUCUGCGCAUUUAAACCCUGUCGAUCCAUCAUCUCUCAAGCUCCAUUAUGGAGAUUCUCAUUAUUAUACUCGUCUCAGUGACCGGAUUUCUUACCCACGUAUCAAAAAUGCAGUCAUGUCCAAGUUCCAUCGUAUUAUACUUACAUGUGAACCCCGUGGUAAUAUAUUUGUCUCUGGUCUGGGAUCCAACGGACGGCUUGGAAUCGGUUCCAGCCAUACUAAGAGUGGCUUUGUACCUGUUACCAGGCUUCAUGAUGAGAGGAUCGUCGCUGCUGAUGUCUCUGAUGAUCACACAGUUUGUCUAAGUUCCUCCAACAAUGUCUACACCUGGGGUUCUAACACUUAUGGUCAGCUAGGAUAUUAUGUUGAUACUGAUGUGGACGGUAUUGGAUCUCAUAUAGACCCCAGUCAACCUCUUCCUCGCUCUGUCUGUCUGGGUGACUUAAAGAAGAAUUCUGAGAGGCUCUUGGGCGUUACUUGUUCCAAGUAUCAUACAGUUGUUUACACUCGACACUGUCUCUAUAUCUGGGGGUUAAAUCUAGGGCAAUUUGGAUUUACUACCGAUCCCACAGCGACGAGAAACGAUAGAAGAUCUGAAACCAGAUCUGAAACCAGAUCUAAUUCAACUUCUUUGUUGAAAAUGAUCGAGAACGUUCCUCGAAAGUUGGAGUUUAAACAUGGUGUCAUCAGGCAGGUGAGUGCGACUGAAAGGGCCACCCUUGUACUUACAGAGAAGGACGAAAUCCACGCUUAUUUGCAUGGAUAUCAUGCAAGAAUUCUUCCACCUUUACUUAGUAAGAUAGAUGACAGCAACUUCAAUGCUUUCAGACCUCGUGUCCUUUCCCAGAGAAAACGGAUCGUGAAAAUGGUUACUCAGAAAGCGUCUUCUGUCUGUUUGCUGCUUUAUGACAACGGAAAUGUAACCCAACUUACUAUGGAUAUGCAGAGUAAGAACACUGGCGAUUUCACUAAGUCACUACGGUUUUCUACUGUUUGGAAGGCUUCCAAAAGGCAUAUGAGAUGUACAGAUGUUGAUAUGGGCAACGACGGAUCCGUGAUAAUCUGUGUUGCCGACGGUUCCGUGUAUAAACGAACCAAAAGAAUCAAAGUCAAACAAUCUAAUUCGAGUCAUGGUGCCAUUUCCAGACGAUACAAAUUCAAUCGUGUCUUCGACGUCAACAGGGUUGUCAGAGUAAUUACUGAUCCAUCUUUUGACAAGUUCUUCUUUAUUAGAGACGAAGUGGAUCUUUUGCCUCAUAGAAUGGCGAAAAGUUGUGUUUUUAGGGAUAUUUCUCGACUAUCUCCUAUGUACGAACUUGAUGAUCGGCAUUUACAGAUCCGUCUGAUUGUGGAUACUUUGAGCGAACCUCUAUUACUCAAAGAGGAUACUUAUAAGGCGGAUUUCUUAGGUAAAACAUUUCAAAGUUUGUGCUCCAAUAACAACGAAAUUGGAUCAGGCUACAAUGAUUCCAGUGAUGAUGAAGAGGAGGUCUCGCUCAAAGGAAUCUCAGACAAGAUUUAUAGAGCCUAUUUGUCCCGAUGGUCGACUUCGCCGGUAAUUCCUGUGGUUCGCCUAUCCUACUUCGAUACACAGGGAAUUUCAGAUAUGCUUCAAUCGGAAGAUCUCGAGUACUGGCUCACCUUGAAGGAUCUCGAAUCGGGGAGCAAGCAUUACGAUUUUACCGUAGUGGUGAAAGAUGAUUUUUCUGAACAUCAAUUCGAGAUGAGGUGUCACAAAGAGCUACUUGUUCAGAGAUGUCCUGUGCUAAGGAAGCUCAUAUGUCAUGGAGGUGAUCCUUUGCAACUCAACGGCAUUAGUGCUGUGUGUGAAAGCCCUUGCUCACUGUAUAUCUCUGGUAAAGUGACGGUUCGAGCCAUAGGAAUAUUCCUUCACUUCUUAUAUACCGAUCAGUUUUUGGACGUCUGGAACCAUUUUCCUCUUGGCAAAGUUCCUGCUGAGAUACAGAGAUCUCGAGUUUCUUUUGAAUGCGUUUCUCGCUUGUUCGGGAUUGUGAGUCCUGUUGGUAGAACGCAAUGUGUUAGCUCGUUACUCGAAGAUUUAGAACAGUUACUUGCUGGUGAUAGAGGAGAUACUGAGAUAAUACUCCGAGACGGGACUUUGAUGGCACCUUCGUUUUUGCUGUCCUGCAGAAGUGCUUACUUUGAAACAAUUCUCUCAGAGACGUGGACAGAAGUAGUUCCUGGCCAACGUACUUUGCACAUUCCGGAAGCCUCUGUUAUACAGUUCCGGGCUAUACUUCGAUAUUUUGCCGGUUGUGAUUAUUUGUCACUCUUUGAAGGGCUUAAAGUGGAAAAUGCAGAAGAAUUCUGCAACUUUUGUCUCGAUUUGAUCGAUAUAGCAAACGAAUUUCUUCUAGAUGAACUAUCCGAUAUCUGCCAACUGUGUCUAAAAGAUUUCAUUACGCUUGAUAACUAUGAAGUACUAUUAGUGCGGGCAUAUCAAGCUGAUGCUAGAAAGUUGUUUGAAAACUGUCUUUGGUUUGUCUACAAUAACUUGGGACUGCUCCUAUUUGAUAGCGACUCUUUAGUGGCAGACGUUAAUUCGUUUGACAAGUCGUUUUGGCUCUGUGUUGAUGCCGGAAUCAAGUGGUUUGAUAGCUUGAAGCAUACUGCCAGUAUCAAGGAGAUUUACAACCGGAAGGAAGAAUCAUCUUCACCUUUUGUCAAAAGUCCUAAUACGCUAAUUAUGGAGUUUAUGUCAGACAUAAAGUCUUUUGAUAGCCAUUUUGUGCAUCCGCUUUUAUGGGAUGCGUUGGGUUCUUUCAAAGAAGAAGACGAUCUUAUGGAUGUAGCAUUUAGUAGAAGAAGGUCGUCUUCCAAGGCCAAAGAGAAGGAAGAGGAGAAGGAAAAACCAUUGUAUGGUAUUCAUCAUGCUCUAGUUCCUGGCUCAAUGCCAAGUUCGGCGUCCUUGGAUAGGCAAUUGGACUCACGACACGGCGAAUCGUUUACGAGUACCGAUUCGUUUGGAAGCGAGUCUGCUAUUGCUGACGACUUCGAGUCUGUUGGAGGAGACGACUUUGUGGUCAUAAGUGGAGGCAACAAUAGAAGAUGCCGGUCAUCAGCAAAUCGUCGUAGCCCAGAUUCAGGAAAUGGCAGACCGCAGUUAGCAAGUGUUUCUAUUUCCGAGUCGAGUUCGGUCAGCAGACGCCAGAGCAGUACAGGAAUGGGUUCAAUGGCUAUGUCAGCUUCGACAUCGUCUACGGUGUCGUCUUUGCCCUCUCUUGAUGAAGCAUUAAAGUCCAGAGAGAAGCGGUCUUCGUAUACUCCGAAGUAUAAAUAUAGGCCAUCGUCGGCAUCUUCUACAGCUCGUUUGUCGCAGAAAGAGCGUAAGAAGAAAGAAUUGAGUCACGAGGCAAAGCCUGAAAGUGUUACACCUGUUCCCACAUCUAUAGCACCUGCACCAUGGACUGGAAGCUCGACUUGGAAGACAGCUACUCCUGUGCCUGUAGCAUUGCAGUUUCCACCCACUGGAAGUAGUGUUCCGGCGGUUGCAAGUUCCGGAAAGCAGAUGUCUGCUUGGCAGGAGAGGCCUAAAGUGGCAGCAAAGGUGUCUUUGACGAUGCCAGAUACACCAGUAGGAUCGGUCACCUCGUUUGACUCUGUGCUUCUUGAAGAGAAAAUGAAUAAGGAAAUUCAGCAGAGUAGCAUGAAUCAGAGAGUUUCAUUGGAAGAUGUUCAACGAGAAGAGGAAUUCGCUAGAUGGUGGGAAGAAGAAAGUGCAAAGGUUCAAAAUGAGAUGAGAAGAGGCAAAGAGAAUGCCAAAAAGGCUCAAAAAAAGAAUCAUCGUAAGGUCAAAAAUAGCGGUCAGUACCCUCGUCAAGGACUACAUGGUGAGCACAAUGAGAGAGCCCAUCAAACUACCUGA